GACAGCCUCUUUCAUCUGGGACGUGUCAAUCUAAAUUACUUAAUCACCCCUAUCCCUUUGCACAUGCCUUCAGAAUUCGAGGGGGUAUAUUAAUAAAUUCAAACCCAAAAGCCUGAGAAACCGGCGGGAAAAUCGGACGAUCAGUAACUCCAUUUUUUUUUCUGGUUUCUCAGAUGAAACAAAACAAAUUCAUUCACUUCAAAAAUACCCAAAAAUCUGUGGCAAAACACAAACUCUCAUUCCAAAAACACUUUUUUCGUUCUCUGUUAAACUAAUUUCUAUAAUUAGUCUCGCGCUUUCUUUCUCAUUUUCUCGCCAUCCAAACGAGAUUUGAGUAAAGUAAAGCUUUACCGUACAAUUCUGGCGCUCCGAGAUAGCAUUCGGUGGCUUCCACGAGUCCUCGAAUUGUUUAAUCGAAGAGUCCAACAAUGGUGAUCGAAACGUCCAUUGGUCGAGGCGGGGAUGAGUCGGCGCCGGCUUCGGCAUCGGCAUCGCCAAGGGGUCGGCUGAAAUUUAUGUUAAGCCAUGGGGGGAAAAUAUUGCCUCGGCCAGGGGACGGUCAACUCAAGUACGUCGGAGGCGAGACUCGCGUGCUGGCGGUCCCUCGCGACAUAACUUUCUCAGAAUUGAUGAAGAAGCUUGGCACUUUAGUUGAUGGGGAAAUGGUUCUCAAAUACCAGGUGAUACCAGAUGAUCUUGAGGCCUUGGUGUCUGUAAGAUCUGAUGAGGAUCUUAAGCAUAUGUUUGAUGAACAUGACCGUAAUGAGAUUGAAGGGACCUCGAAGCUACGUGCCUUCGUGUUCCCUUCCAGUCCGGUUAUACUUGAGAAUCAGAUUAUCACUGUGGAACCUCAUCUCAUUGAGCAACGAUAUAUCGACGCUAUCAAUGGCGUAAUUCGUCCCACCAUUAAUGGAAGGCUUACACCAAGCUACUCGAAACGUUCCUACUUCUGUGCCUCUGAUAAUACUUCCCCCAAAUCCCUCUCUCCUGAUGCCAAAACCAAUGAUUCAAAUUCUCCCUUUGAACAUGUUUUGGUGAAUGGAUGCCAUGAUAGUCGGAUUGGUGUGCAUAAAGUCCAGAGUUCUCCUAGUUUUUAUAGUUUCAACAACACAGUCCCUCUCCAAAGCAGCAACCUUUCCAACCACCAAGCUUACCAGCAGCACUACCAUUACCACCAAGGCUACCAGCAACCACAGCAGCAUUAUGCUGGUUGCCAAACUCCUAAUGCUAGACCACCGCAAGAACUUCGCAUGGACAGGUUAUCCCCUUUCUCAAUAGGGCAGCAUGAUUUUUCGAGGGUGGCCAUGGGGCAGCAACCUUCCCCAAGCCAAAUUUAUCCACCAGGUAGACCUAAUGUGGGAAAUGAAGAUAGCAGCAGGUAUAGUUGCCAUGAUGAGUACUUGAUGAUUUGUGGAAACGGAAGGCCUGGGUCAGAUGGUGUUCCAAUGACACCCCAUCACAUGUGGGAUUAAGCUAUAUAAUACUGACAGCCAGCUUAGGUGAGGAGCUGAGUAGCUGACACAGGGUAUAUAGAUCUUUACUCUUUUCUUUCUUUUUCUCUGUUUUUGAAUGAGAAUUCCUUAGUGCAAUGAUGCAAAGGAAUAUGAUAUAUAGGGGAAUCUUUCCCCAUCUAUACCAUACAUGAUUGGUUUGGUUAUUUUUUGGUUGAUGUCCUCCCUGUAUAUUGCCGAGGAUAACAUUGAGCU